CGUGUGGAGCUCACCGGGCAGAGCAGGGCUGGAAGGCUGUAGCAUGCUGUGCUGUAGAAAAGCAGGUUAGGUCUGAUGCUGCGCAGGUGGCGUCACGCGCUUGCCGUAUAUAACAGCGCGCAGGCGCGUCGCGAGACAGAAAGAGUUCGGAAUACAGAGCGCACGAGCGCAGACACAUCCAGAGUUAUUAACCACACCACAUCACACAACACACGAGUAUUCAGUCAUCAUGCCGGCCACAGAGAAGGACCUGGCGGACGACGCGCCGUGGAAGAAGAUCCAGCAGAACACCUUCACGCGCUGGUGUAACGAGCACCUGAAGAGCGUCAACAAACGCCUCGCGGACCUGCAGCUGGACCUGAGCGACGGACUGCGACUCAUCUCUCUGCUCGAGGUGCUCAGCCAGAAGAAGAUGUACAGAAAAUAUCACGCCAGACCCACCUUCAGACAGAUGAAGCUGGAGAACGUGUCCGUGGCGCUCGAGUUUCUGGACAGAGAGAAUAUAAAGCUGGUGUCCAUCGAGAUUUUCCCAAGCUUGAUGUGUCUUUGGAGAGCCGUGGCGUGUCAAUGCAGUGACCUAAUAACCAGUCACCCAUGCACUGCAUCAGACUUCUCUGUUCAUCUGAGGCAGUGGGAGUAACAUGCAUUCAGGUCUGAAGGUGCGUAAGAUGGAGAGGAUUGGAUGGAGGACAAACUUUGUCAGUACAAAAAGUUCACAAGGACUUUUUAAAGAAUUUUUAGCACCUUUAUUUUUCCCCUAAGGCUUGAAAUUUGUUGUUUUUGUGCUGAAAACUAUUUUUUUUAUG